AAGUAUCGGGGCAACACCGGAUUGUUUUGUUUGAUGCACAAGUCGUUGCGACGUCUACUGUAGAUCUUAAAAUGUUCACUCAUGGCCAUUAUAACUAACAUCGACAUUGUACAGUUUAUAUUUUUUUUGGUACAUCACAGCUAGUAGAGAUGAAACUCAAAGAGUUAGAGAGUUGCCUGCAGGACGUGGACGUAUUUGAAAACCCCAAAAUCCUUCUCGAGCAGUAUCCAACCAGUCCACAUAUCGCAGCAUGCAUGCUUUACACGGUACAGACUACGUUUGAUGACAUUGAGGGUAAACUAGUGGCAGAUCUGGGAUGUGGCUGCGGAGUCCUCAGCAUUGGGGCUGCCAUGCUUGACGCUGGUUUGUGCGUUGGCUUUGACAUUGACGACGAAGCGCUGAACAUUUUCAGAAGAAACGCGGAUGAAUUUGAGGUUGCUAACGUGGAUCUGGUCCAGUGCGAUCUGUGUUCUCUGGAAGCUGAUGCUUAUUCCCAAAGGUUCGACACUGUAAUCAUGAAUCCACCAUUUGGGACAAAACACAACCAAGGAAUGGACAUGAAGUUCCUAAGAGCUGCUUUAACAAUGGCAAAGACAGCAGUUUACUCUCUUCAUAAAACAUCAACACGAGAGCACAUACAAAAGAAGGCCAAUGACUGGGGAGUAAAAAUGGAAGUGAUAGCAGAGUUAAGAUAUGACCUGCCAGCAUCUUAUAAAUUCCACAAAAAGAAAUCGGUUGAUAUCCAGGUGGACUUCAUACGAUUCUCCAAAGCCUGAAGCUUUGACUGGAAUGGAUUUAAGUUGCCUCUGUUUUUUCACUGUUUAUAAUAAAUGUUUUCCAAAAAAAAGA